AUGUCAAAUGAACAAACAGGUUUACGUCAUCGACACCAUGACGUCAUCAGACGUGACCAUCUCCAGCAGGACGCUGAGGUUCAGGACACACGCCACACCUUUCAGACCGGAAACUACCACAUCCUCAUCGACCAGGGAGCAGUGGUUGGUCAGCAUGGCUGUGCUAGAGGAGGGCCGGCGUUUACAGGAAUCAGCAACAAAAAUCUCUGGACAUUCCAGGGAUUCGAAACCAAUGAGUGCCUGUCUCAGCCCUGCCAAAAUGGAGGCCUGUGCGUGGAUGGAGACAAGCGCUACGACUGUCAGUGUGCGCCUGGCUUCAUCGGUGUUAACUGCGAGACACUGGAUGGUGGUACCUGUACAGCGUGGGGAGAUCCCCACUAUAUAACAUUUGACGGGCUGGCGCACCACUUCCAAGGGGUGUGUGACUACGUGCUGGCUGAACAGUGCGGCAACACCACAGACUUCAGGGUCGAGGUUACCAACGAGCCGUGCGGCAGCAGCUCCCGCGUGUCCUGCACCAGGGCCGUGUACUUAGACGUGAAGGGAUACAGGAUCUCCAUUCUUCAGAGAAAAACUGUUUUGGUCAAUGGAGUUCGAUACACUCCGCCGUUCAACCUGAAGAACACUGUGUGGGGAAGUUACAGUGGCAUCUUCCUGCUUUUGGAGACUAACAUUUCUGUUAAAGUCUUCUACGACGGCUCCCAUCACGCAAAAGUGUUCGUGCCGUGGACCUACAGGAACCAGACGUGCGGAUUGUGCGGGGAUUUCGAUGGUGACAAGGAGAACGACUUCAGGACGUCCUAUGGAUGGAUCGCAGGAGAUGAAACCACAUUCGGAAAUAGCUGGGCCACGACGUGGUCGAGCUGCUCGGAUGAUGGGGCGGAUGAUGGGUCGACACCAGCACCUGCCAGUGUCUGUAGUCCUGCACUACUACAGACAGUCGCAGGCCCCACGAUGUGCGGCAUGCUGACGGAUCGGAACGGUGCUUUGGGUGUGUGCCACAACCUCACAGACCUCGGCGUGUUCUACGACUCCUGCGUCUUCGAUGUUUGCGCUAACGGUGGAGAUGCCGCGCAGCUGUGCCAGAACCUGGAGUCUGCAGCUCGUGUGUGUGUGGAGGCGGGGCACCCUGGUCUGACUGCCUUGUCCUGGAGGAACCAGACUUUUUGUCCUUUGCCCUGUGGAGCUAACAGCACGUACUCACCGUGCACCAGCGCUUGCCCUAACACAUGCUCCAGUCAGAAUGCUACCAUCAGCUGCCUCACUCCGUGCGUGGAGGGAUGUGCGUGCGAACCUGGAUUCGUUCUCAGUGGAGACUCGUGCGUUCAGCCCGAUGACUGUGGAUGCGAACGCAGCGGACGAUACUUCAAGAUUGGCGAAGUAUGGGGGGAACCAGGAAACCUCCAAUGUUCUUGCGGCAGGCUGGGAAGCAUCUCCUGCCGUCCCAUCUCCUGUGAAGAAGAGUUCACGUGGACUGUACGUAAUCAAGAUUAUGGGUGUUACUGCCUUCAUGACCACCGAUGUACAGCUCCAGAGCCGCCAUCAGACCUGACAUUGCUGACAGCAAACACAACAAGUAUUGUAAUCUCCUGGUCAGCCUCGCCAUUCACUGACGGCUACCGUGUCAUUGGUACCGAGCAAGGUGGAUUCUCACAGCCGACAGUUGUAGUGAACGGGACCACCUCUGCUGUCAUCACAGGACUUCUGCCGGGAACUAUGUACAACAUCAGUGUUUACUCCUACCGAGGUUCACGGGAAAGUCCUGGUGCUUCGAGCAGUCUGUUUGCUACAGCUGUAGACCCGCCAACCGAACUUCAGGUUGUCCAGACGACGUUCAACACAAUCAGCGUUUCCUGGACUUUGCCAAGUUCCACCUUGGUGAGAUUUCGGGUGAGUGAGACUCCGGCAGGCGGGAGCACUCGCGACCUCUACCCGCCGCCUGGACCUGACGACACGUCGGCUACCGUCACAGGACUGCUCCCGGCGGUUCAGUACAGGAUCACGGUCGUGGCUGUGGGGUUGUAUGGGGAGAGUGCUGAAACAUCGGUCACAGCAUCAACUGAAUCCGGACGUGGACAUCUAACAUGUGACCCGUCCUACAUGCGCGUUAUAUUCACCAGAGAGGUUCUUGUUGGGGUGGAGGUGGGCACUUUGCGCCUGCGUGACCCAAACUGCCGUGCAAAUGUUAACAGUACACACGUGAUACUCACGGCACCUCUGAACGGAUGUGGAACCAUAUCCGAGGAUGCAGCCGACAACCCCAAAAUGUCUUUCACAAACGAGGUAGUGUUCGGCGCUGCCGUGCCGGACGGUGUUAUCGUCAGGACCCCGGAGCAGCGCUGGCCGUUCCGCUGUGACUACGUCCGGGAGGACAUCGUCGGAGUUGGUCCGAUCCUUUUCCCGAUACCACUGCCAAAUGUGACGAUUCCCAGUUCGAAUGGCUCCUUCACAUUUAGCAUGAACUUGUAUCACUCCGAGGCAUUUCUGCGGCCAUAUGACCAGAAUGAGUUUCCUGUCAAGGUACUGUACUGUUGA